UGCUGUGUUCAAUGCUCAAUAAACCCUCCUGUUUCAUGCUGGCUGGGAGUCACUCUGGUCUAGAGAACAGGGUUGCAUCGUCCCCUUCGGGGGAAGAGGCCCCAGGGCUCCAGAGCGAGUGGACUCCCUGAGGGGACCCAUGGCGAAAGACAGGUGUGCUAAGGCUCAGAGAGGUGUGGCUCCUGGAGGGAGAGAGAUUGGAUCCCCGGGAAAAGGGCCGUCUCACUGAUAAGGGGCACCCCCCACGGACCGCACGGGGCCAAGAGUGGGCACAACCUGUGAGUCUGUGACAGCCUGGCUCUCACCCUGAUGCACCUUCCACAAGGCUGCAGGGUAUGUUGAUGGUGACCUUUCCCCCCUCUCCACAGAGACACAAACAAGCUGUGAGCUGCAUGACACUUGGCCAGUUUUGCAAAGCCCUCUGUUUACUUUGACCGCAGUAGAUUUCGUCUGCAGAUUAAAGAUAGCGUGUGAUGGACACAGGAAGAGAUGAGAGAUUGUCAACUUCCUGUAACUGGAGCCACCAGCUGAGUUCCUCAUUUGGGGCAUGGUGGAGCUGGGCACCUGGGUCUUGGAGGCAGCCCUGAGUGGCCCUUGCUGCCCCCAUUAUGGUGUCUGCUCUCAUGAUCCUCUUCCUUGGCUGCUGGCUGGCCGGGCAGAGCCGAGAGUUUAGACAGCUCCCUGCGCCUGGACCCUCCAUCUCCGUCAGACCCAGCGGGGUGAUCGCCCUGGGGCAAGUCGUCACCAUCCGCUGUCAGUGUCGGUGCGGGGCCAGGAGGUUAUUUCUGUAUAAAGGUGGAAUGGAAAUCCAGGAGCUGGAUGCUGCUGGGGACGGGGGUGAAUUCACCAUCCCCAGCGCCAGAUGGGAAGACGGAGGGGCCUACAGCUGCCGAUCUCACUCCAGAUCGGAGCCGCCCGACUGGUCGUAUCCCAGUGACACCGUGUGGAUCAUUGUAGCAGACCUCAGGUACCCCAAACCCUCCAUCUCCCUGAGCCCCAGUGGGGAUGUCGCCCUGGGGGGAGCUGUGACCGUCCAGUGUCGGGGUCGGCACCAGAACGUGAGGUUCCUUCUGUACAAAGAUGGAAACCCGAACGCGCUGCAGAACACGGAGCCGGCUGGGAACGUGGCUGAGUUUCCCAUUCACAGCGUGAGCCAGAGACACGCAGGGAGCUACAGCUGCUAUUAUUACAGCCAUUGGAACCCGCCCGUCUGGUCACAUCCCAGUGACCCCGUGGAGCUGGUGGUAGCAGGGGGAACCGCCCCGACACAGCCUGAAGCGGCGCCGAAUCCCACCCGCCCAGGCAGCGCAGGGCCAGGUGGAUCGGCAUCGCCGGCACCUCCCGGUCUGGCCAGCUCCAUUAUCGCUGGGGUGAGCGCGGCAGCCGCCGUCCUCCUCCUCCUCCUCCUCAUGGCCUUCGUCUGCUUCAGAAUAACCCGAGCCAGAAAAGGAGCCGCACCGAGACCGAGCAGCACCAGCCCUAUGGGGGUGUUGAAGACCCCAGCUCAGCAAGACCCCAUCUACGCCUCCAUCGACGAAGGGAAAGAGCCGCAGACCCUGCCCCAGGAGCCCGACCCCGGUGCUGAUGGACUCACCUACGUCGAGCUGGACGGCCAGGUGCUGCAGGCCAAGCGGGGGCGGCUGGCCCCUGCCCCCGCACCCGCCCAGCCCAGCGUGUAUGCCAUGAUCAACGUGAGCCAGGGGACCCCGCAGUGAGAGCCCCCCCCAGGCCCUGCCUCUGGGGUGACAUGGGAAUCGCCACUCACUGGGAGCAGUGCGGGGGCUAGGACACAAAGCAGAGCAGUUCUGAAUCCCCCCUGCAAGGGGUGGGGGGCUGUUUUCCACAGAAUGAGUCUUUCUUGCUGUUCAGCGGUGUGUGGAGGAGGAGUCCCCUCAGCUCCACCAUCCUGGCCCCUGCACAAGAUGCUCCCCCUCCUCCCCCGAGUUCCUGGCCCCUGCAGCCUCUGGACCCACGGAUUGACCUGGAGAGACACGACUGACCCACGUCCAUCCGCCCUGGGUGCUCAGACAUUGGCCAUCUCCCCGUUGCCUCAGUUUCCCUUAACUCCUUCUUAACGAGCCCCCCCGAGCCUGCUAGUCCCCACCUGUGACACUCUGAACCUCGGGGGGGGGGACACUCUGCACCCCCAUGUUCAUCCUUGUUAAAUGAUUGUGUGGUAUCCAAUGCAAAGUUUGUCACGUCGGGUGUCUUCGGAAGGCUCAUGAUGCACUGAGCAUUGUUGUUACAGUGAUGUUAUAGGUUGUAAUUUCAUGUAUAUAGUUAUGAGGCUCAAAAUGUGUCCUCAUUGCUUAAAACAAGCCCUGGCAAAAACUCUCCAGGAGCCGAGGGGCAGUUCACACCUCAUCAGGACAUGUGUGGGACAAACCCAGCACAGCCUCACAGGAACAAAGGACACUGGCGGAGGCAGCAACAAAGGAUGUGUUGGACUCUCCAGUGAGUCACCCCCCUUCCCUUGGUCAGUUUGGGACUGCGAUGAGGUAAUGCUCACCUGACU